GUCUGGCUGGAUACCUACCCAAUCCCGUGCGUAAAAGAUAUUUUGGAAAGACACUUGGAUAUCCAAAAGUAGACUUUUAAAUACCUACAGCACAAACUGAUCACAGACGGAAACCAUCGCAUUUGAAGACAACCCAAGUGUGUAUCGGUGCAAGAUCGAUGAUCUUCGACUGUCUUUUUUACGCCUAAAAACCCGAAGUUUUCUGCUCGAUGAGAACCUCGCACGGCCCUGCUUGACCAGCCUCGGACGACCAGGAGACACCAAAGCCACAGGUCAAAGAGUUAUUUAUCUUUUGAAUAUAUUCUAGCCAUGUGUGCAUUCAGUAGUUGGAGAUAGAGCUGCAGCAGAAGUCUGGUGUGGUUGUAAGGGGGAGAGGGAGAGAGUGUGCGCGCGCUCUCGCUCAUUAGCCUCACCGGACCACAGGAGGAGGAAAUCUGGGAGAGAGGGGGAAGAGAAGCGGCGUCUCCAAGGAUGACUUUAGGGACGGAUAUGUCCGACAGCUCUGCAUUGUCCGAAGAUGUGGACAUCGAUGUGGUUGGGGGUGACAUAUCCGUCGGAAAGGACGGAAAGUACAUUCACCACGAGUUCAACUUGGACAAUGACUCGGACGAUAAUUACUCCCAGAACGCGGCCGAGAGGAGUUCCUCUCCCGGUCUCAGCAGCUCCGACUGCCCGUCAGACCAGAUGGGAUCCAGCGCAGACGCCGGGACCGUGAUUGGGGACAAGCCCAGAAAAAGUGCACUUGUGAAGCCACCUUACUCUUACAUCGCCCUUAUCACCAUGGCCAUCCUGCAGAGCCCAAAGAAACGCCUCACUCUCAGUGAGAUCUGCGAGUUCAUCAGCAACAGAUUCCCUUACUACCGGGAGAAAUUCCCUGCGUGGCAAAACUCUAUUCGCCACAAUCUUUCCUUAAACGACUGCUUCGUGAAAAUCCCACGGGAGCCCGGCAACCCAGGAAAGGGCAACUACUGGACCCUCGACCCGGAUUCCGCAGACAUGUUCGACAACGGGAGCUUCUUGCGCAGGAGGAAGCGCUUCAAGAGGCACCAAACUAAUGAAAUCCUCAGGGACUCCGGUGGCUUCCUACCCGGGUUUGGAUACGGUCCGUAUGGAUACAACUAUGGACUUCAGCUGCAGAACUUCCACGCAGCUCACAACCCGUAUCACCCACACCACACAGGUGGUUCAUUCCCGUUCCCUAACGCCCCCUGCACCUUGCCCUCAUCAGCCUCCAUAUUCCCUGCGCCGCAUCCCCUGCCCACCCUUUUAGGGGCCGACUUAAGAAAGCCCUUUUAUCCCCAACUAAGCCCGUCUCUGCCACCUCUCAAGACGGACUCCAGCACCCCGAGUCGGCCUUCCUUCUCCAUUGACAAUAUCAUCGGUGCGGCCAACUCCACCGCCUCUUCCUACAGCGCGCAGCCGGGCAGCCAGGCUCAGAUCCUGGCCAUGUUGACCCCAGCACUGGCCUCUGCUUCCAGUCAUUUGAACCUAUCACAGGACAGCAUAUUACACCCUGCUCCACAGAGCGAGACAUUUUCCAGCAAAACCUCGAAUAUGAACACUUGUCCUUUCUAAAAACAAAACAAAAACAAAAACAAAACAAAAAAUGGACCGCUGAAAAUCUUUUAUUAAAAAGCCAAUUGUGGCGUCGUCCUAUGUGAAGGUAGGCUGAACAUUAUUGCGUGUUUUGGCUCUCCUAACGAUGUAAGAGGAGAGAAAGGUUUAUUUAUGACUUGUAAAUAUGUGUAUAAUAUUGAGAGACAAAAACCAGAGAAACUCGGAGGGAUCUUUUUAAAAACAAUGCUGGCCUGUAAUCUGGCUUGUGGCCUUCACUUGACAGUGGAAGGAAAAAGAAAAUGAUCCUGUUAUUUUAUAAGUUAAAAGGUGUCACCCAUGGCUACGGGGAUGAUUUACGAGUUUUUUUUUGUUGUUGUUUUUUUUUUUUAAUAUAAUUGAGAAUUUUAUUAUGAUUUAUAUUGUUUUUUAUUUUGUUGCGUCGUGAGAAAAUGGCACUGUUGUUGUUGACAUAUGGCUGACAAGAGACGGCAAACUCAGGUUUUACUUAGAAAGCACAUGGAGAUAAAGGGGGGUGGGGGUCGGGGGGAGUGGGUUCUGACAGAAAAAUAACCAUUUCCCACUAUCGCCCCCCCCACCCCUCUCCACCCACCCACCCACCCCCUCGAAUCUCCUCUACAUGGUGAAUUUGUGACAAUAUCAUUUCAUGUUGUUGGACACGUAGGCUGUGUGGUUUUGGUAUAUAUAUGAAAAAGAGCGCAUUACCUCUCUCAACCUUUUAAUUGUUGUUCGUUCCUUAUCUAUUUCACAAUUUAAUCUGUGAAGCAUACAGUAUGUCAUGUGUUGCCAAUAGAGAGAGACACCUAAAUGUUCAUAGGUCAUUUUUUGUUGUAAUGACAAGAAUAAUAAAUGUUUGUGAAUUUGAAA